AUGUCAACUUCACCUAACUUUAACAUUAAUCUUGAGAGCGUUCUCUUCUUAAAAGCUUUAUAUGAAUUGGCUGUAAUAUGCUUUUUAUCUUACACUAAUUCUGACCUCUUACUAUUCCUAGACUCUUCACUUUUCUUAUACUAA